AUGCUUUUCAUCCGUGUCGUGGCACUGUCGCUGCUCGGUCUGACGUCCGCGGCGCACGCAUGCUGGCGGAACAGCACCUGCGACGGCCCCACGCAGCCCGCGUUCCCCGGGCCCUGGGAUAAGUACAACUUCGCCCCAAGGUCGCGGCACGUCGCGCCUCGCGCGCUGCUCUCGCUGCCGGGCGGCAUCCACGUCAGCGAGUAUAGCCCGAACGCCACCCGCGUGUCUGCAGACAGCGAGGGCGUCGUGCUCGACUUCGGGCUCGAGGUCGGCGGCAUCGUGGCGUUCGACUACGCACUGCGCGGCACCGUCGCAAACGCCUCGCUCGGCCUCGCGUUCUCAGAGGCCAAAGACUAUAUCGGCCGCAAGUCGGACAAUUCCAACGGCGGCACGGGCGCGGACGGCGCGCUGCGCGUGGAUAUCGGAAACGCCUCGCACGGCCGCUAUGUCAUGCCCGACGCCCGCCUGCGCGGCGGCUUCCGGUACCUCACCGUGUUCCUGCUCGCGCCCGCGGGCGCAGCGAUCGAAAUCAAGAACGUCAGCGUCGAGCUCAGCUUCCAGCCCACGUGGCCCAAUCUGCGCGCGUACCAGGGGUACUUCGCCUCGAGCGAGGAGAUACUCGACCGCGUGUGGUACAGCGGCGCGUACACGCUGCAGACCAACUCGGUGCCGGGCAACACCGGACGCGCGAACGUGCAGACGGACCGCGUGGGGUGGGACAAUGGCGCGUACAUUGGGCCCGGCGAGACGGUGCUGCUGGACGGCGCGAAGCGGGAUCGCUGGGUGUGGAUUGGCGAUAUGGGGGUUGCGGUGGCUUCGGCGUUUGUGUCGACGGGCGAGCUGGAGAGUACGCGGAAUGCGCUGCGGGCGAUAUUCGACUAUCAGUCGGCAGAUGGCACGUUGCCCAAGGCUGGGCCGCCGUAUCUCGCGAAAGAUAGUGAUGCCUACCAUCUCUGGGCGCUUAUCGGGCUUUACAACUACUACCUCUACACGGGAGAUGAGCCGUUUCUGCAGGAAUACUGGCCGAAGUAUGUUCUGGGCGUGGACAGAAUCUUGAGCAAGAUCAACGACAAAGGCAUUGUUAAUGUUACCGGCACUGCAGACUGGGGGCGGUGGCUGUACUCCACCGAGCGCAGCUCCGUGAGCAUGCUCCUAUAUCGCGCACUAACAACAGGCGCCUCCAUCGCCGCCUGGUCGCCGACGCUCCCCAACGCCACGCCCCUGCGCUCCAAAUGGCUCUCCGCAGCCUCGCACCUCCGCGCCUCCAUCCUCACCACCUUCUGGGACGACACCCGUGGUGCUUUCAAGGAAAGCCCAGACUCGACCUCCCUCUUCCCCCAAGACGCCAACGCCAUGGCCCUCGCCUUCGCCGUCCUCGCCCCGGCCGAUCCGCGCACCGCCCUUGUCUCCACCCACCUAACCCGCGCGUGGACCCCGCUUGGCCCCGUAAACCCCGAACUCAGCGCCAACGUGUCCACCAUCUCGCCCUUCAUCACCAGCAUCGAGCUGGAAGCACACUUCCGCGCCGGCUUCCCGCAGCGCUCGCUCGAUCUGAUUCGUACGGCGUGGGCCUGGUACCUCAACAACCCGAACGGCACGCAGUCCACCGUCGCGGAGGGCUGGCUGGCGGACGGCACCUGGGGGUACCGCGGGGAUAGGGGGUAUAGGAGUGAUCCUAGCUACGUGAGUCACGCGCACGGGUGGAGCAGCGGGCCCACGAGCGCGCUGACGGAGUACUUGGUCGGGCUGAGGGUCACGGAGCCGGCGGGGCGCAGGUGGGAGCUCCGGCCGGCGGCGUGGGCGGGGGUGGAGCGCGCGCAGGCGGGGUUCUCGACGGCGCUGGGGAAGUUCGAGGCAAAGUACGAGCGUGCGGCGAAUGGGAGCGUGGUUGUGAUCUGGGAUGUGCCGGAGGGCACGGUGGGGUGUGUGCGGGUCCCGGGCCACGCGGGCAGGGUCGUGGAGGGCGGGAAGGGGGCGGUGGUUGUCGAGCUUGUGUAA